ACUUUUCUCUUCCUUAUUUUUGCCAAGUCUAGUUUGUAGUUAGUUGAAUCAGACGACCUAUUUGACUAGUCUCUCCUCUUCCAGCAGCCUUCCAUUAUAUUCCCACCACGUCUUCAAUAUUUCUCAAACCCGCGUAUUAUUUUCCUUCCCCUUUACAAAACCUCCUUAUUGUUCCAAUUUUACCAAAUACUAUAAACCAUAAUUUAACUUUUUCUCUCCAUAACAUAUCUUUCUUAUUUCCUCUUAUUGUUCUAGUUUUACCAAAUAUCAUAAUAUCGAAACAUGAAUGAUCUUUUUUCAGGAUCGUUUUCUCGUUUCAGAGAAAACGAUCAAUCAUCACCACCACCACCACCACCACCACUACAAGACAUCGAGAUGGGCGACACCACUGGUGGAGUCAAUCUUGAUAAGUUCUUUGAAGAUGUAGAAGUCAUUAAAGACGAGCUAAAAAACCUGGAAAAACUCUUCUCUCAACUCCAAACUUCCAACGAAAAAAGCAAGACUCUUCACAAUGCAAAAGCUGUUAAGGAUCUACGAUCCAAAAUGGACGAAGACGUUUCAAUGGCUUUAAAAAAGGCAAAGUUUAUUAAAGUCAGACUCGAAGCGUUGGAUAGGUCCAACGCUUCGAAUCAGAGUCUCCCCGGGUGUGGCCCGGGGAGUUCGUCCGAUAGGACGAGAACUUCGGUUGUUAAUGGAUUGAGGAAGAAAUUACAAGAGUCUAUGAAUCAGUUUAAUGAGUUGAGGCAAAAAAUGGCAAGUGAAUAUAGAGAAACGGUUGAAAGAAGGUAUUAUACUGUUACUGGAGAAAAACCUGAUGAAGAAGUUCUUGAUACACUCAUAUCUACAGGUCAAAGUGAGACAUUCCUGCAAAAGGCAAUACAAGAACAAGGAAGAGGACAAGUGAUGGACACAGUAAUGGAAAUUCAAGAAAGGCAUGAAGCUGUUAAGGAAUUAGAGAGAAAUUUAAAAGAACUUCACCAAGUAUUUUUGGACAUGGCUGUUUUAGUGGAAUCUCAAGGAGAACAACUUGAUGAUAUUGAGAGCCAUGUGAAUAGGGCUAAUUCAUUUGUUAGAGGGGGUGCUCAACAAUUACAAGUGGCAAGAAAACACCAAAAGAAUACAAGAAAAUGGACUUGUUUUGCUAUUAUUCUUUUGCUUAUCAUCAUAUUGGUGGUGGUUCUUUCUAUUCAGCCAUGGAAGUAAUGAGAUGGUCAAAGGUCUUUGAUUUAGUUGGUUGGACCCUUUUUUUUUUUUUUUUUUUUUAAUAUUCUACGUUUUAUAUUUUAUUAAUUUAGCCAUGAUUAUUAUUUGUGUCUUUUGGAAUUUUUUUUAAAUGUGGGAAGAGUAAGUUGGAUGGGUCCAUGUGUUAUUUACAGAAAUACUUGGGGAUUUUUUUUUGUAAUUAUUGAUGUAUUUAGAGUAUAUUUUUUCUGUGGAAUGUGGCAGAUUUGAGCUA